CAUCUUCUCCCCAUCAUUAGAUCGAGGGUCCGCGGAGGCCAAUUAACCCUAUUCCGCAGCAUAUUCGGAAGAUGCCACCAACAGGAGGAACAUAUUAUUUGUAAUAUACUCUUAUGAUUAUAUAUCAUAUAUCUCGGAGUUAACCAUAUACUGGGUCGUUCACCAGGCAUGUUGAUGAGCCUAACCCUAGAAGUCUGACUAAUGUUAUCCAUCUCCCCAUAUGCCGUGCUCCAUUUUAGUCAGGGGGUUGACAGGGAUUUAUCGGACUCCGCGGAUCCUAAAGCGGAGCUCCAUGGACCUCACACCAUCAUCCUCUAUCUAGCAGUUCUCGAUAUCGUUGAGUUAUUAUGCUGUCAAGGGCAGUGUCAAAAGAGAAGGCCCGUCCGAGCCCGGCGUCGUGUCAAUCAUGUCGGUGGAAAAAGUUAAAAUGCAAUCGGAUCCAGCCGUGCUCGAAUUGUGCUGCACGCAACAUCAACUGUCAUUUCCUAGUUCCGCCCCAAAGACGAAUAGAGACGGCUACUACAGAAUACAAUCAUGCGGAAAUUAUAGGACGUCUUGAAAGACUAGAAUCUAUUAUUCUCCAGUCGCAUCCUAACGAGGCUCAUUCACAGGACACAUCUAAUAAUAAACAUCGUCAAGCAAACCUACCGUUAUUCACACCCACUUCAGGUCACACCACAGAGCCCGAUGUCUACCACAAUCGAGACAAAGACUCACGGUUCCUUGAGAAUAUUGGAACGAGAGAAGAUGGAAUAAUUUCUCCCUUGUCUUGUGGCCUAGUCUUCAGAAUAGGCAGAGCACACGAAAUCCAUAAAGCACGAGUUCCUACCCAGCAGACAGGAGCUAUCCCGGAUCAAUAUCCGUCGAGCAAUACCAUCGCGACAUUCCCAACGUACCGAGAGGCAACCCUACUCUUCCAGAAUUUUGAAUCUAAUAUAGAUCACAUGUGUCGCAUUUUACAUAUCCCUACUAUUAGGUCUCUUAUAAAAACGGUGUAUAUGAAAAUCGGUCAAGGCGAAUCCGUUCCACUCGGACAAGCUGGAUUACUACUUUCGAUCUUUGCGCUUUCUGGGUUCUUCUAUCGGUGCUCGGAGGAUUCCGAAAUAGCAACUAAUGAACAAGAGGCGGUUCAUAUCUCAAAGACCAUAGGCAAGACGGCCUUAGAUGUACUAGAUCAUUCACGGAGGAAUACGUCGGGCACAUUAGAAGAUGUCCAAGCUUACAUCUUCAUGUCUCUCCUUUCAUUCCAUCUUGAUGGAUUUUCGGCAAGAGGACGUCUUCUAUCAACCACAGCGGCCUCUAUUGCUAGGGAUCUUCGUCUACACCGUUUGGAUGCCGAAGACGGGAACACCGUUGAGAAGGUGUCCAGCGUCCGUGUUUUGAUAGAUCGCGAGGUUAGACGUAGAGUAUUCUGGCAUAUUACAGCCGAAGACUGGUUACAGUCAACCAUUAGCGGACCCCAAGAGGGCAUGUACUUCAUUCAUCCGAACCAUAUAGACGUCAAGCUUCCAAAAUACUAUUUCGAAGACGAAAUUUCCUUAAGCGAGGAGAAUGAGUCUAUAGAUGGUCCUCCACCAAGUGGCAUAGCCUUUCUUCUCGAAAGGAUCCGACUUGCACAUCUGUGCAGAGAAGUGGCCGACAUAGUGCCAUUAGAGACCUCAAAGGCUAUGCAGAUGCCAUACGAGAAUAUCAUAGCUCUGGACAAGAAACUAAAAGAUUUCAUCUCAAGUCUGCCGUUAUUCUUUAAGACUGAUCCCGAAAGUCGGGAGAAGAGUAAGAGAUUUGAGACAGUAUAUCCUUACAUCCCUCAUAUGAGAUACGCCAUCACCAACGCAGCUCACAGUAGACGGUGCAAGCUACACCAAAGAUUUCUACUACGACAGUCUCAUGAUUCUCGGUAUUCUUACUCGAGACUAGCUUGCCUAGAAUCAGCAUGUGCAGUCAUUGAGGGGUACGAAGAUCCCACCGAAUUUGAUUCUCCUGCUUACACGACAGCCCGGAUGGGACUGGCUAUGCACUACAUGCAUCUUGCGUUAGUAGUUAUGGUCAUGGAUCUAUGCUUCAAUAGACACGAAGCAGACGAGACAGAUAUUAAGGCCAAGCUGAGGGCGGCUUUCCAGAAGUUUGAUGAUGACAGACACGUCUCUCCACUUCCUAGUCGUUUCCUAAAUUCAUUGCGUGAUGUCUUGCAGAAGCAUGAAGUAUAUCUUACCCAUCAAACUGCUUCACAAUCCGAAAAUGUUUCUGGCGUUACAAGCGAGAGCAACGCUGGUGAUUUCAGUCUUCUUCAUGAUUUCCAGAUGCAGCCCGAGCUUGGUCUAGAUAUGCAAUCCACGGAAGGUGGCCUUGACAGUUCUUUCAACGAGUUCUGGCAGUUUACAAGUCAAAGCGAGAUGAAUCCCGAUUCGAUAACGUGGGAUAACCUGUUCGCGUCUCUCGAUACGAGACCUAUAUGAUGGAGUUUGGCAGAAUAAUUCGCCCCAAUGAAACCUUCAAGGAUAUGAGGCGACAUUUCUCGAGUUUUUUAUAUCGCCCCAUACCUUGGGAAGUUUAUGAUCAUAUUGCUAUUUGCUACGGAGGUUAUUACUAAUUGCGGUCCAUGAUCCUAUCCCCUUGACUAGCAUUCAACUACACCUCCAUUAUUUUCAGUAUCAGUACAUAAGACUUGACGUCGUUCAUUAACAUACUAGGAAAAGGUCCAACAAUUAGUAUAACCGUAGAUACUAUUGCUCGAUUUAGCCAUCUUUUCUUUCUUGGCCAGUCCUUCUGUAUCAAUACUGAAAAUAGUGGAGGUGUAGUUGAAUGCUAGUUAAGGGGAUAGAGUGGCGGGUUAUUCUUGCGGGCCGUAACCGAUGCU